AUCUCCGUUACCAAACAGUUAAAUUCUCCCUCACUUUAUUUUCCUUUUUUUCUUGUCUUUCCGCCUUUUUUUUUCUCUGCAAUCAAAGCGAGUUGUCAACUCAGUGUCUCAGAUCACCGGCGCCGAUUUUGAAACCAUGGAAUCGUUCAGGAGUUUAACCGUAACUCAGCGGGAUCAGAUAUUGGUUGAGCAACAAGUCUUCGACAUAUUCAAAACGUUCUACAACCUGCCUCCGAGUUCUCAAUCCUUCAUGUUGGAGCUUCAACGAGAAAAUCAUGUGGAGUACUUAACGAAAGGAUUAACAGGGCUCGGUCCUUCUUUCUGCGUAUUAGAUGCCAAUCGUCCUUGGAUUUGUUAUUGGAUACUUCAUUCGAUUGCUUUACUGGACGAGUUUGUAGAUCCUGAAUUGGAAGAUAAUACUAUUGAUUUUCUUAGUCGUUGUCAGGGUCCUAAUGGUGGUUAUGCUGGUGGACCUGGACAGGCAAGUAAAAUUUUGGAUAUGAUCAUUGUUAAACUCUUACCUACUAUCUUCUGUAUGCUAACGAUGCCUCACCUUGCAACAACAUAUGCUGCAGUCAAUUCACUUGUUACUUUGGGUGGUGACAAAGCAUUCUCAUCAAUUAAUAGAGAAAAACUAUACAUGUUUUUGCGGCAAAUGAAAGAUGCCAGUGGGGGAUUCAGAAUGCAUGAUGGUGGAGAAAUUGAUGUUCGAGCAUGUUAUACAGCCAUCUCAGUUGCAAGUCUCCUGAAUAUUUUGGAUGAUGAACUUGUUCAAAAUGUUGGAAAUUACAUCUUAAGUUGCCAGACUUACGAAGGUGGCAUUUCUGGGGAACCUGGUUCUGAAGCUCAUGGGGGGUACACCUUUUGUGGGUUGGCGACAAUGAUUUUAAUCAAUGAGGUCGAUCGUCUGGAUCUGUCUAGCUUAACUGAUUGGGUUGUUUUCCGACAAGGAGUGGAGGGGGGAUUUCAGGGCAGAACUAAUAAACUGGUUGACGGUUGUUACUCAUUCUGGCAGGGAGGAAUUUUUGCAUUACUAAAAAGAUUAAAUUCUACUAAAGGAGUAAAACCAAUACCAUUGGGAGAUGGAGAAGGUAGUGGUGAAGAAAGUCCGCAAACCACCGCUUCAUCAGAUGCAGCUGGAGAAGAAGGUUUGAAUGAGGAUUUAUCUCUGGGUGGCAGUCAUUCUGAGAUUGGAGAUCAAAACAAUACGUCAUCUCAAGUUAAUGUUAUCGAUAUUGAUCAUAAUCAUAGCAAGGGGCAUGCAAAUGUGGAACCUCUUUUCAACAGCUUGGCCCUGCAGCAAUACAUUCUUUUAUGCUCACAGGAGCUGAAUGGUGGACUGAGAGACAAACCUGGUAAGUCUAGAGACCAUUAUCAUACAUGUUACUGUUUAAGCGGCCUUUCUGUGUGUCAACGUAGCUGGUUGGAAGACGAAGAUUCUCCACCCUUGCCUCGUGCUGUAUUAGGUCCGUAUUCAAAUCUUCUGGAACCCAUUCACCCCCUAUAUAAUGUUGUAUUAGAUCGUUACCGGGGAGCACACGAGUUUUUUACCAAGUCGUAAGCAGGUCUUUGGACUUCCGAGAUUUGCGGGUUCAGAAUGUAUGAUAGAUCCUGAUUGACAAUUAAGUUAUGAAUAUAUAAAAGAAACAUGUAUAAUUAUGGUUUUUUUUUUCUAUUGAAAUCAAUAAUCUCUCUUGUCAAGACGAUAUUGAUAAGUCGAUGGAUGCUUUACUAAAAUCUCAGAAAUCAAAGAGGUUUGGUGAAUUCGAGAAGGGAUUCAGGUCCA